AUGCUUAGUUUCAUGAGCAGACCCAAGAAAGACAAGAAGAUAGAGUGGGCCGAGAGUGAGAGGCUGUCCGUCUGUGCAGGGGAAAUGCAGGGCUGGCGAAUUGCCAUGGAGGAUACCAAGAUCCUUGAGUAUCAACUGACCGGCGAGGAGGACUUUUUGCUGAUGGGGUGCGAUGGGAUCUGGGAGCUUUGCGAGGAUGACUGUCAGGCGAUGGUGGACUUUGUGGGCAGCCUGAGAGAGGGCAGAGGCAUAAAGGAGAGAUACGAACUGCUGUCCUGGAUCGGCAGGGGCACCUACGGGACCGUGUUCAAGGCCCGCUGCAAGCAGACCGGACAGCUGUUUGCCCUCAAGAAGUACGACCAGAAGAACCGCAAAAUCAUCGAAGACGGGUUCUCGAUCACCUCCCUGCGGGAGAUCCGAAUCCUUAUGUCCCUGCAGCACCCCAACAUCAUCGAGCUCAAAGAACUCUACCUGACCAAGCCCGGCCGCAGGAACAACAUGCGAGGUUCGACUAUCCUGGUCUUUGAGUACAUGGAGUACGACCUGGCCGGCAUCAUGAAGAGCCUGGCCGGGUUUGAACUCGCCCACCUUAAGUGUGUCAUGAGGCAGAUCCUGGUGGCGCUUGAGCAUCUGCACAGUAAGGGCUUUGCUCACCGCGACCUGAAAAGCGCCAAUAUCCUUAUGAACCUUUCAGGGGAGGUCAAACUUGGUGAUUUCGGGCUGGCCAAGCAGAUCAAGGAGCGAGGCCCGCAUACGCCUAAGGUGGUAACGCUUUGGUACCGGGCGCCUGAAUUGCUGUUUCAAACUGACAGGUACACGGAGAAAGUGGAUGUAUGGUCAGCGGGCUGUAUCUUCGUGGAGCUCUACAACCAAAAACCCUACUUUAAUGGCGAGAAUUAG